GCAGUUGAGCUGGUGUGGGUGUAGGGUCCCUCUGUUUUUUGCAGCAGAAAUUGGGUUGCAAAGAAGCCUUCUAAAUCUUAGCAACCCCAGGAUUGCUCGUGCUGCCUCAGAGCUGCUUGCACUGGCUAAAUGUUAUGAGAACGAGGGUGACGAUCAACUUAUUCAUCAUGAAUCACCAAUGUUUAGUAAUGCUACUAAUUGCAAACCUGUGGUUCGUAGCACUGGUGCUUCCAGAAUAUCAUCCUUGCAAGAUCUGAAGAAGGAUGAACAAAGUAACAGCUCAGCUGAUGAGGGUCAACGCUUCUAUGCAGGUGGUUCUGAACACAGUGGCCAGCAGAUAGUUGGACCGCCAAAGAUAAAGAAUCUAAAUGAAAUUGUAGAUGACCUUUUUAAAGGAGCUAAAGAACAUGGGGCGGUUCCAGUUGAGCCCUGGACAGGAGAGGCAAACAGAGCUUUGCCAUUCACUGGUGGUGGAUACCGAUUGGGAGCAUCAUCGCAGGAACAAUCUGAAUAUGUGUUGCAAGAUAAAAAACAAGAUUCUAAUCUCGAUGUUCAAAUUUUGCUGAAAUUAUGGAAAAAUGGCUUCAGUCUAGAUGAUGGAGAACUGCGUACCUACACAGACUCUGCAAACGCUGAAUUUUUAGAAUCCAUUAGCAGAGGGGAGAUUCCUGUUGAACUGCAAAAAAUGGUUCAUGGCAAUCAAGUAAGUUUGGAUAUGGAGGAUCACAGGAGUGAAGAAUAUUUAAAACACAAAUUGAAAUUCAAGGCAUUUUCUGGAGAUGGACAGAAAUUGGGAAGCCCGACUCCAACCAUAGUUAGCACGCCGUCUUCUCCUGAGGAAGAGUUCAAAUAUUUUGUUAAUAUUGUGGAUAUAAAUGAUUCUGAGCCAACUACCAAUAUUCAGGUCCGUCUGGCAGAUGGAAGCCGUUUGGUGCAGAAGUUCAAUCAAACUCAUCGAAUUAGUGACAUUCGUCACUUUAUUAUUCAACACCGCCCUACUUAUGCUGCUUCCUCCUUUGUAUUGAUGACGACUUUCCCAAGUAAAGAGCUGAUAGAUGAAGAGCAAACUCUGCUAGAGGCCAAACUACUUAAUGCAGUGAUUGUUCAGCGUGUGAAGUAAUUUUACCUUUGUAGGACUGUACAGGAUAGUACAAGCUGGACAAAUCUUUCAAUAUACUGAAUUUAAACAACGUGUGCCACAUGGUAAAAUUCCCAUGACACUCACCUCAAACCAACUUUGCACAACAAGGAGGGAUAAAGGUGUUGUGGACCUGCAGCAGGAGGCUAUCCUCACUUUGCUAUGAAGGCCUUAUGAGAACACUUGCCUAUACAGUAAAGACAUACAUUUAAUACGAAAAAAGUCUACUCGGUCUCAAAUGGGAAAUUCUCUGUCAUAUCAGUAACUGGAAACAUUCUGCAAAAGAAACUGGAGCCUUCAGAUAACUGUUACAAACUUGAAACUUUGUUUGAACAACCGUUACUGUGAGCUAGAUUCACUUGAAUUUUCAAACAGCGAUUUUAAAUUGUGCAUCUGGAGAUUAAAAAUGCACUAGUUGAUAAAGACAUAUUUAUGCAUGACAUGAGAAUAUUGAGUAUAAUAUUGACAUUUUAUGGGAUCUGUAAGAAGUAAUUAAAAUUUAUGUACAUUUGGUAAUCUCAAUUGUGGAAUAAAACAUUGUUAACAUGUAUGCCAUAAAUUUAUAUUAUAGUGAAUGAUGCAUUAGUUGAUAUAUGCAGUUGUAUCCUUGAGAUGAACAUUACCAGCCAUGUCAGGAAUGUCUUAAAUUGAUAGGUUCUUUGAAUUGGUUGCAGCAGCAAUGACUGCAUGUUUCAUUGCUUAUAGAACCAGUUAAAAGUUUAUUUUGAAAUUCAAUGAUGGCUCAAAACAUUGGAGUGCCUUUUAUUUUCAAAUAAUUGGAGCAGACUACUUGGCUUAGUUUGAGUUAUGAGUCUGUCAUAGGAUAUGGAUGUUAGUAUUCAGUUUGUUAUUAAUUAUCUUCCAUUUUAUUGCUGGUUGUGCAAUGAUUAUGACGAAUUUAGAAAUAAAAACGAUAAUUCUGGACCCGGGGGGUCCAGAAAAUUAAUAUUAUUCAGCACUGAUUGGUUAGCCUGGUCUUAAUCUCAUGUUACUGGUUGUGGAUGUGGAUGGCAUAGGUUUUACAACUAUAUCAAGAAUGCCAUUCACUACCAUCUUUUUGAGGACAAUUAGGAAUUUGCAAUAUAUUUGUGGGCGGCACGGUGGCACAGUGGUUAGCACUGCUGCCUCACAGCACUAGAGACCCGGGUUCAAUUCCC